AUGGAUCAUGCAAGGAUUUUUGAAGUGAACUAUCUUAAGUUAAAGAACUUUGACGGAUCCAACUUCAACUCAUGGCUUCGAAAAAAAUCCGACUCUGAAGAAGACUCUGAAGCUGAAGGCUCUUGGGCUAGAGAUGAUCACUUCUGUAGGAGUUAUCUCCUUAACUUUCUGGCCGAUCAUCUAGCAGAUGCUUACACUAACAAGCCCUCUGUAAAGGAAAUCUGGAAUACUCUGGAGGACCAGUACAAGGAUGAGGAGAAGCUGUCCAAAUCUCACCUCAUUGAUAAGUUUCUAGACUUGAAGUUUGAAGAUGACACUGAGGUUUUGCCUCAAGUUAAAGAGUUUGAAAAGCUUGUUAUGAAGCUGAAGGAUGAAAAGAUCAAUCUUUGUCAAACUUUCAUCUCUGGUGCAAUUGUCAACAAGCUUCCUCCAUCUUGGAUAUCAUUCUCCACUGACAUUCGGACAAGGAAAAGACAUGUGACUCUAUCUGAUAUGAAGAGGUUCAUUCGGAUCGAGGACGAGACUCGAACUCACACGAAGACUGAGCUCAUUGCUAAGCAGAAGGCGUCUGCUAACAUGGUGGCUGCUAACUCUGAAAAGAGUAAUAAUUCAUAUUUCAAGAAGAAGAAGUCUUUUAACAGAAAGAAGAACCAGAAUUCGAAGAACCUGAACAUUCAGAAGGAGUUCAAGAAGAGCGGCAAAUGUUUCAACUGUGGGAAUCGAUGA